AUGAGCGAGAAGGUUGGUGUUGGAUCAUGGUCCACUGGGUUUUGCGACUGCUUCUCUGACUGUGGAGCAUGUUGCCUCACGCUCUGGUGUCCCUGUGUUAGUUUCGGAAGAAUAGCCGAAAUUGUGGACAGAGGAUCAACUUCUUGUUGUCUACACGGAACACUUUUCUACCUGCUUGCUGGUUUUACUCAUUUUGGGGGCAUAUACGCAUGGGUGUAUCGUACAAAGCUGAGAAAGCUAUACAAUAUCCAUGGAAACGAAUGUAGUGAUUGCUUGGUGAGUUGCUUCUGCCCCCAUUUAUCCAUUUGCCAAGAGUAUCGUGAGCUCAAAGUUCGUGGAUUCGACAUGGCUGCUGGUUGGCAAGGGAACGUGGAAAUGCGUACACGUGGCGUCACGUCAGCUCCAGCAGUGGAAGGUGGCAUGAGCCGUUAG